AUGAGUAAUAAUGCAAAAGAUAAAAAGAUAACCAUUAAUUCAAUGGAUACUUUAAUUAGAGAUAUUGGAACAGUUUAUGAAUUUUAUUUUGACCAAAAUACAUUUGUAGAAAAUGAAGUUAAAACAUUUUUAAAAGAAUUUGAAACUAAAAGAGGAGACAGAGAUAUUAUUUCAUUAUCACAACAGACAUUCAAUGCAAAUGCUACAAUGGCAAUUAUUAAUAAAUCACUAUCAUUAUCAAAACAACAUCUUUCUUCAAUAAAUACUACAUUAUCAGAAACAAAUAAAAGAAUUAACGAACAACUUUUAAAAGAAAAUUCACAUCAAGAACAAAGAGAUACAGAUAGAAUAAAUAAACAUCAAAUAGAAUUAAUGGAAAGAAAGAAUGUAGAGGAUAAUUAUAAUAAAAGAAAAGAGGAAAUUGAAAGAGAGUUUAACGAAAAAGCAUCCCAAUUGCGUGAUAAAUAUCAAAUUGUAUUAUAA